AUGAGUUUCCAAUCAUUGAAUCCAGAUUUGACUGCUAAAGUUUUACUCUUGGCGAAUCUACAACGAAAUUUGGUACAGAAUCCGAAUCAAGAAUCAAAUCUUGGCAAACAACCAACAAUAAUACAUCCACUUGUGAUGCCCUCAUUAAAUGUUUCGUCACAGAAGAUUUCGGCAAUGUUGUCUGCAUUGGCAACACCGUCAAUUGCUAAUGCAUCCUCAACGAUAUCAAAUGUUCACCCAAUGCAGUCAUCGUUAGUAUGUCAUACAGCUGUGAAUAAUAAUAAUAAUAAUUGCAAGAUGAAUUGCUCGACUAAUUCCCGUUCGAAUGGCUCGGGUUUUGGCUGGGGAAAUCGUGAACGUAAAAUGGAUGAAAAUUGGCGUUUACAGAAUCGUAAUAUUUAA